UGUUUUGACAAUAAACGCCGUAAUAUCGUCGUGGGAGAAAAUGUAUGAAUGAAGAAUGCUGUAAAUAUUGACAAAAAUGUUAUCUAAAUCUUACGUGACGCAAUCUUGGAUAGGUAGAUUAUCUGCAGAUAUAGUUAAUAUAGUUUUUAAAAUAGUACUUUGGGAUACCAAUUGUAACUUCGGUGUUCGGUAAAGUUCUGGCAGGCAAUAAUCUUUAUGGUUGUAUUUUCUUAUAAAAUAAUUCAAAGAUUUUUAUCAUGAGCGUGACAUCUUUCAUAACCUCCACAAAGGGUAAGGUGAUACUAGGAACAGUGGCUGCACUACAUCUCACAAUAUACUUCGCCAAACCUUCGUUUUUCAAGGGCGAGAGUGUGACAAAAACUAAAACUUCUCCGCCUAAAUAUCUACCGGAGAAUUAAGCGACCUUGACUGAUUCGCAAAUAAGGAAAUUACUAACCAACUGGAAAAUAACCUAUCGAUUAAUGAUUUAUAAAAGAGUGUCGCCGUUCGUGCCAUCGUUACUACGAUCUGUUGCUCGGCAGAGUGAAUUUGUGACAAAUCCGGUUAAAAUCAUGAAGUGCGACUCAAAGUUCGAAGUGUUUGUGACUCGGGCUGAUAUGCCAGAGAGUGGCAUUGAGAUGAUACGAAGAGAAUGUAAUGUCAAACUGUGGAAUAGAUCUUCUCCGGUCCCAAGAGAUGAGUUCCUCAAGUUGGUGCCGGGGGUCAAUGCCAUCUAUUGCUGUCUCACCGAUAAGAUUGACAAGGAGUUGUUGGAUGCAGCUGGACCAGAGCUAAAGGCGGUGGCGACCAUGUCUGUGGGAUAUGACCAUAUUGAUAUUCAAGAGUGCAACAAGAGAGGCAUUCGAGUUGGCUACACACCAGAUGUACUUACAGAUGCAACGGCUGAGCUAACUGUUGCCCUUCUGCUGGCAACAGCACGGCGUCUGCCUGAAGCGCAGGCCGCAGCGCGCGACGGCGGCUGGGAGUCGUGGUCGCCUAUGUGGAUGACGGGUCCUGGUCUGGCUGAUUCCACGGUUGGUAUCGUUGGCUUCGGUAGGAUUGGCCAGGCUGUGGCCCGUCGUGUCAAGGGCUUCAACACCAAAGACAUUAUUUACUGCAGCCGCACUGCGCGCCAUGAAGCGAAAGAGGUCGGAGCCCGUAAAGUUGAAUUUGAUGAUCUACUGGCCGAGAGCGACUUCGUUAUUUGCUGUGCCGUAUUAGUACCCGAAACCAGACACAUGUUUAACCGAGUAGCUUUUGAUAAAAUGAAGAGGACAGCUAUCUUUAUCAAUACUAGCCGAGGGGGUACUGUAGACCAAGAAGCCCUGACUGAAGCUCUUCAACACAAGAUAAUCAGAGGUGCUGGGCUCGAUGUUACUACUCCAGAGCCACUGCCUCUGGACCACCCUCUGUUAUCUCUGAAUAACUGCAUAGUGUUGCCUCACAUCGGCAGUGCAACCAUAGAUGCAAGGAAGACAAUGGCUGAACUCACUGCUGUUAACAUACUUGAAGCCCUAAAAGGCUUUGAAAUGCCAUCUGAGUUAAAAAUUACUUAGAUAUAAAAUAUUAUUUGAUAAAAUAUUAGUUUUGUACACAUAUAAUGAGCAUCUACAUUAUUAUCUAUACAUUGUAUAUUUAUUUGCUUUAAUGAUAAAGUAAAGAAAUUAAAAUUUGUCACAAUAAAUUGGAAUUUCGAAUAA